AGUUUUGGGGUUUUUCAUCAAAAUAAUAAGGUAAAGUCUAGAGAGAAUUUCAAAACAAACAAGAUGGCUUCCCGAGUUGUUGGGACAGUGCGAGCAGUUGCUAAAAAACGACUUAUCCCUACCAAGGCUCCACUAGUAUUGACUCCAGCUGCAGUAAAUCAAGUAAAGAGGCUACUUAAUGAAAAUGUUGAUAUGAUUGGUCUUAAGAUUGGUGUGAAGACCAGGGGUUGUAAUGGUUUAACCUACACAAUGGAGUAUGCAAAAGAAAAGGGGAAGUUUGAUGAGGAAGUCAUACAAGAUGGUGUAAGGAUUCUCAUAGAUUCAAAAGCUCAAUUGACAUUACUUGGAACAGAAAUGGAUUAUCAAACAGACAAACUUUCGGCUGAGUUUAUAUUUAAUAAUCCAAACAUCAAAGGCACAUGUGGCUGUGGAGAAAGCUUUAAUGUAUAAUAUUUUUAACAUUAAUUCAUCUGUGAUUGUGUAUAAGAUAGAACAUGUGAUGUAUGACUGUCUUUUAUGUACGUCUUUUAUCCAAAUGUGUGAAACUGAGAAGGUGAAAAAUACAUUCAUAUAUGUGUGUGUGUGAGGGUGUGUGUGUGUG